UCUGUGAGCUCGAGGCAGCAACUCACAAAAAGACUGGCGGUCACCUAAUUUCACGUUAAUCGCACGUGAAGUGAAUCAUACAACACGUAUAUGCUGGAGUAGGUCCAACCAUAGGAAAGAAUGGGGUCUCUGAUGUGAGGACAGUCAGGCUGUGAGGCCUGUCACCCCACUGGUCACCAGGGUUGAUUCGGCUGAUGUGGUUGGCUCAGAGACAGGACCCCCAACCCGCCCAGCCCGCUCCGCCUUGCGCUCUGGACCCGCGGCCGACCCCAGACCCGCUGCCCGCUUCGCGCCCGAGGCCUGCGCCCCGACGGACGCCCGUGCCCAGCUUGCCAUACCCACGCCCGGUGCCCCGACCGCGGAGGGCUCCCCGAGCGCCGCCCGCCAUGGCCCGGAUCCCGACGGCCGCCCUGGGUUGCAUCAGCCUCCUCUGCCUGCAGCUCCCUGGCGUGCUGUCCCGCAGCCUGGGCGGGGACCCGCGUCCCGUCAAACCCAGGGAGCCCCCAGCCCGGACCCCUUCCAGCAACCUGCAGCCCAGGUACCCCGCACCCCGACCUGUGGUUUGGAAGCUUCACCAGGCCCUCCAGCCACAGAGGGGUGCUGGCCUGGCUCCUGCUAUGGGUCAGCCUCUCCGGGAUGGUGGCCGCCAACACUCGGGCCCCCGAAGACACUCGGGCUCCCGCAGGACCCAAGCCCAGCUCCUGCGAGUGGGCUGUGUGCUGGGCACCUGUCAGGUGCAGAAUCUCAGCCACCGCCUGUGGCAACUCAUGGGCCCGGCCGGCCGGCAGGACUCAGCUCCUGUGGACCCCAGCAGCCCCCACAGCUAUGGCUGAAGUGGGACUGGGCCACACCCCUGCCCAUCCCAGCCAGGGUGCUGUGCCCCCGUCCAGAGCUGCAGCUGAGCCCCCUCCGCAGCCCAGUCCCGCGGAGCUGCAGACAGCAGGUCCUGCGGCAACAAUGCCUGCACGGCGUCGCACACGUAAACC